AUGGCAGAUAAGAUACGUGAAAAAAAUCAAUAUGCUCUUUUGAAACAAAAAUACCCAGGGAUUGGCAAUGCAGACACUACUCGUGAUGAGUUUCUCACAACGACCUACAAUGAUACCAUAGCAUCACUAGCUCAUCAUAAACAUAUAAACUACUAUAAUCUGAUUGUGACUAAUAAGCAUCCUAAUUUGAUGAAACAAGAAAUGAUUAAAAAGAUUAAACUGGACGCAACCACAUCUAAUGGGAAACGGCAUGAUGCCAUCGCAAAGAGGUAA